AUGGCAAGGGAAGGAAACAUGGCUUACACGGUAUACAAUCCGAAAUGGUGGAUAUAUCUGAUAUUGCUCUCGAAGGUGUGUUUGGAGGUACAGGGUGCUGCAAUAAAAGAUACGGCCGAAAGCUGUUACGUCAGGAAGUCGGAAGGGAGAAGUACACAUGAUAUGAAUAAGGCAACAGUCUGUCAAAUACCACAUCUGACAUCGUCUACCUGUGAAGCUCCUGCAGAUGCUACUUGCCCAUCAUCAGACCACAGAUUUUAUUUAUGGGCAAAAAUGCAUUGCAAGAACAAUUGUAGCAUUGGAGAGAAUUUAGUGUGUUUGAACAGCAUGCAGUUCGAAUGUUUGCCGCAAGAUAUAAGUUGUCCUAUAGAUGGGACUUGUCCUAAUGGCAAGGAUGAAUUUGUAAGAAAAGCUCCGGACUUCAUUUGCAAACAGAAGAAUGGCAAUAGGAAUGAAAGCAUUGUUAAUGUUACUCCAGCACUGCCAGCUGCAUUUACAACACCUGCACGAUAUGAUUUUCCAUCUGAUGUCCCAGACAUUAAGACUGUAGCUUCUAAUGUGAUCCUAGUUGUUCUUACUGGUGCUGUUUUAGGACUACUUGUACUUUUUGGUGUGACCUAUUUGAAUCGUCGUUCCAAGAAGAAACAAAAUGCACCACAAUGCAGGUACCAGGGUGCACCAAAUGCAAACUCUGACAGUAGGUUAGACAGGUCCCAAGGAACAGGAACGAUGUUCAUCCAAUCAUUUACUGAUACAUUUGUACGUGUGGGUGUACCAAUAGUACUUGCUUGUAGACUCAAUAAAUGUGGAAAACAAGCAAAGUGGAUGAAAAAUGAUACUGAACUGACAGAAACAGACACUAUUAAGUUUAUCAGAAAUGAACACCAGACUUGGUUAAUAAUAUCAAACGCAGCUUUGAAUGAUACUGGAAAUUAUUCUUGCAUCUGUGGGGAUGCUUCUAUAACAGCGUACGUCAAAGUAACAGAAGAUUUGGAGGUAAUUUGUCAUUUACAUGCAAUGGAAAUGGAAAUCGAAGAAACUAUGGACAUAACUCUUACCUGCACUGUUAACAUACGAACAAAGAAACCAGUGUGGUUGCAUAACAAAAAGGUAAUUAAUCAGGACACUAGGGUCUUUGCAUCAUCAAAGAUGGAUUUGGAGCAUCAGUUAACAAUACGAAAUGUAAACAUGAAGGACGAAGGGGAGUACGUCAUUGAUUUUGAUGGUGUUACGUCAAGGACAAACAUUACAGUUAAAGGUAUGGUCGAGAUAAAGCAUAAAAGACAAUUGACACAGAAGAAUUUUAGAAACUGGAUAAGAGGUGUGCUUGGACUCAAAUACACGAAAGUAGGUUUAGAGUCGUUCGUAGAGAAAAUGGUUAUUCAUCAGCAUCAGAAAAUUUUAAGAUCCGUUGCUGGAAGUAUAUGUUCGCAGUGUACUACGGACAAUCUUCUUCUUCCACAUAAACAGAAAAACUGUCCAAGAAAAAAAAACAAGAACAAUUGCAUUUGUACAAAGUCGAAGGCGAACAGACGUACUUGUCCUGGGCAGGGCUUUUGUGCGAACGUUUAUGAUAUGUUAGUUUGUUACCAUCGUUUCGAAGACCCAUUUUUGAAAAACACGUUAGUCGAAAAGUGGGGCAAAGAUGCAUGGAGUGUUGCUACUUGCUUUAUUAACACAGCUGGCUACGAAGGCAGAACAUCAGCGACAGACAUCGACUGCAGUGGAAUAUUAAGUAUGCUAAUUAACAACACCGAAUACCUUACCGACGUUGACGUGAAUGUGUUUGGUCAGAUGAGAAAGGUUCGCAAUGAAAUUCUUCACAAUCCAAACUACGAGUUGUCUGCAGGUGAGCUCAGCAAUUAUAUAGAUUCUUUCAAGGACGUCCUGGAGAUCAAGAAUAGCCGUGGUUCAAUGGUACUUGUAAACGAGGCGGGAGUAAAAGACUCCAUUCAGCUUUUGGACAAGUUGCAGAAGGAUCAGAUCGAUAUACAAUUGUCCAAAGACAGUGAGCAAAAUCUGGAAGAAUUACGAAACCAUGCUAUGAGCGAAGUAGCAGAUAUAUUCCUUAAAGCAGAAAAACAGAAAGAAAGACAACUUCAAGAAAUGGAUAAAAAGUUAGAGGAAAUUGAGAAGAAGCUUAAGCUGAUGCACGAAUCACGAAAAGAGUCUGAGAAAACACAGCACGUUGUGAUGAAAAAAGGUAUAUAUUCACCUUUCGUGUGAACUAUAGGGCAAAAUCAGAUGUUUAUAAUACAGUGAAACACCGCUCGCUCGAGCAUCGAAGACUCGAGAACCCGGGCUCGCUCUAGCAAUUCAUGUGGUCCCAACCGAUUUCCUUCUAUUUUCUAUGUGAAAUUACCAUGGCUGGGUCGAGCAUCGGUAACUCAAUCGCUCGAGCAUGACACCUGGUCCCAGUGAAUUUAUUCUUUGUUUUUAUCUGACA